UUUACUGUUUCAACUCUGUAGUACCCGGGAAAAUUGACAAAACCCUAAAAGAGAAGAGAGGAUUUUGGGAUAAUUAUUCGAGAAGAUCGAGUUACCUUACAGCAAGUGAAUGUUGGUUUGAUAUUUGAUAUGGAAGAUGGGGAAGAGUGUCGUAGGUGCAGAGAAUUGGAAGUUGAGAUUGAGAAGAAGAUGAGUGAGUGCAAAACUAUGGAGGCUAUGAUUAAGAAGUUAGAAGAAAAGGUGAAGUCUUUGAAGAGGAGAAAGGGCGGUCCUGACGGAAAUAGAAAGCUUUCUGGAAUUGUGGACUUGACAGGAGAAGAAGAAGAAGAUAGGGUGGUUGAACUCAUGAUUGAGAACAGUGUUUUGGAAUGUGAAAAGAAAAAGGCUGAGUCUGAAGUUGAGUUUUUGAAGCAAAAGUUGAAGGAAGUGGAGAUCAAUGUCAGUGAAGCCGUUGAAGAUAAACCAGUGAAUAAUUCAGUUUCUGAAACUCCUUAUAAUGGCACAAUUUCUGAGCAUGUUACUUGUACUAAAAAAGAAGAGGGAGUUCUUGGGUUGAAAUCUCAAGUGGCAUCUGGUAGACGAGUCAGAAAACAUUUGGUAUUUGAUGAAGGCCAAAGUCCAGGCAAGAAGAUAGCUCCAUCGACACCUAGCGUUGCUACAACUGCUUCUCUAGGAAUAAUUGAUGUGUGUGACAGUGAUGAAGAACAUGAUAUGGCCCAUGAUGGAAUAACGUCUGUCGAUAAUCACGGAAAUGGAAAUGUCUGCCUUUCAACUGAUCGCGCAUUAGAAGGAAUUGUGGGUAGUGAAAAGGAGACUUCUAAGGGAAGUGGGAAGAUUGCUCUUUUUAAGCGCUGCUGUGAGGAAAACACAGCUAAAUUUGAGGAUGAUAUCCCAUUUGUUUCGACUCCUAAAAGAAAACGGGCUUCUAAUGUUGUUACUAGUGAUACAGAGAGUGAUGAUGAGAAUGAUAUUCCAUUUAGUUCAAAUCCUAAAAGAAAACGAGCUUCUACUGUUGUUACUAGUGAUACAGAGAGUGAUGAUAAAGAUGAUAAUAUUCCCAUCUGUAAACUCAGGAGGAUGCAUCUUCAUGAAAUAAUUUCUGAUCAAGUUCCUUCUGAAAUAAAUAGUUGCUCUGCAACUACUACUGCUUCCGGAGCUGACAACAUUGCAAAUUCCAAAACUCGUGCUAGGCGGCGCCUAGUGUCAUUGAGAAAGUGCUUAGAAAAGAGUCUGGUAGCAGAAUGUUCUUCAAGUAAGACCAAUGAAACUGAAUGUCAACGUGGAAUUCAUACAGCUGAAGUUCUUGAAGAUGAUACGUCGGAAAGGGAUGGAUCAGAUAGUGAGGGUGAGAGCUUGAAUGGAUUUAUUGUGGAAAGCUCUGAAGUUUCAGAUGAUGAGGAUGCUUCUAGUGAGGCUAAAGAUGAAUCAGAUGACAAUGAGGACUUUCAUGACAUUUUAUCUAGACUUAAAAGGAGCAAAGGUCGGAAAUUGGAGUGGGAGUUUGAAGCAGACAUGCUCGCAGCCUUUGGAAAGGAUCCUGAACUGUGCAUGAAGGCUGUAUGUGCUCUUUAUCGACAACAGACUAACGAAGAAAAGGCAAUCAAGGGAUCUUUGGUCUACAAUCACAGGGGUUUCAGCAAAUUUGAUGCAGCCAGGGGCACUACUCUGGCUGAGUUUCUCACUGAGGGAAAUGCACAAGAAGAUCUGAAAAAAUCUGUGAAGCAGUUGGAAGAGUAUGACCAUAAGGGGGUUGAGAUGUGCAGAACGUUUGCCACUCGCUACUCUAAGCAAUUGUUUGAAAUCUACAAGAACAAAGAGGAUCCUCUCUUUUCCCCUUCUUGACUUACCCUGCCACUGACCCAGACUUGAAGAUAUUACAAAUCAGAGAAGUGCUUCUGGAAACCAAGUUGCAGAGAAUGGCAUUUUGUUAUUUUUCCAUUCACUGCAUAGUAUAAUAUUCGGUUUACUCAGAUUUGGCAUGUACAUUUAAUAUUAUUGUAGAAACACAACUCCAUGGUUUAUUUGUGUGUAUAUAUGUUCCUAUGACCAAAAAAAAAUCGGUGCUGUACUUGUGAUAUUGCUGCCUAAUGUUAUCAAAUGUUAUAUAAGUAGUUCCCACUUCCCAGUAGUCAUCUCAGUGAUUUUUUUGGGAUGUUUUUUGGUACAUUUUCCUGUUAGGGAGCUUGACUAUUUGGAGAAUUAAGAGCCAAAGAUGGUCUCAUAAAUCCAGGUGGCAGACAAGUGGUUCAUCAAAUUCUAAAGAGUUCUGCAUUUGGUGACCUAACGGUUGGGCAGUUAUUAAUAUAAGAAGCUUCCUAUCCUAGGCAGCAUAUGCAAACUCAGAAGAUGGAAUCAAUUUCGUAUGAAGUAGCUGGAGGUGUAAAAGGCCACAAAGGGAGCUACAAUUCUGGGUUCCAAAUGCCACUACACUACCCCAAGUACUGUAAAUCAGAUUAUGAAGCCAUGCCGGAAUGGCAGCUCAAUCGCCUUCUAUCAGAAUAUGGUUUGCCGGUCGUUGGAAGUGUGGAACAGAAGAGGAAAUUUGCCAUGGGAGCUUUUCUCUGGCCUCAAUAGAGUUUACAUCCGAGUGAACAAGAAAUUGGAGUAUCUUGUGGUUCAAUUGCAUGAAUGUUCAUUUUGAGCUUUUCAAAGUUAUGUUCUGUCCAUAAAUUUAUGGGAUUUUGUGUUUGUGAAUUGUGAUGUUUUUUGAAAUUAUGAAGCAUAUUUGCUUGGAAAUUAAUAUUAUA